AGAAUUUGGGAUUUACAAAUUCAAAACUCUGGGGGAAUUAGAUUAUUGGGAGACAACAGAAAUUUUGCAUAAAUUAAUCGCGGUAGCUGCUAACGACUCUUCUAUUGCUGUCUUUCCUCUUCAUCAAUAAAAAUGGAAUUCGCCGUGGUGGAAUUUAUGGUGACUAAAGAAGUUGCGACAGUGCCACUGACCUGGAUAUCUGAAAAUGAAGAGGAAACCUGGUGGCCCCCAUACAAAACUAACGAUCGUAUUUUAAAAGCAGUGAAAAUUAAAGAGGGGGUGAAUCCAAUGUCAUGGGCGAAGCACAUUAUUCGGGUCAUUAAAUUAUAUAGAACUUUCGCCACAGCUGUGGAAAAUGAGAAGAAAGCUGUGUACACUUCAAACCUGGAGUCGGAGGCAGAGUCUUCGGAGAAGAAAAAAGGAAAUCGUCCAAGGCGAAAAACAACAAAAUACAACCGUGAUUCUGACACUAGCGAAGAAAAUCAUCGUCCUGUCACCUCGAGAAAAAUUAUUCCAUGUCCGCCACAGCCUAAUCUUUCACCGGUGUCGUCGUCCGAGCCAUCUCCGCCUCCAAGGACAUCAACUCCGACACAGUACUUUUCUCUGGCUCAGGGAAGUGGAACAUUGCCUGCCCAACGUCAAGAAUCCAACUUAUCCAAAAAACAGUUUGUAGAAGGAAGUUCCAGCUCGGAGGAUGAAGGAAGUCUUUCUGCUUUACAGAACAAAUUGGAUGCCAUUGGAUCAAAUUUUAAGGAUGGAACUCGGGAUAAGGAGCAAGAGGGAUCGUCGCCGAUUAAAUUUGAAGACUACGUCGUUCAUUCACUGGAGCGACUCCAUCAAAAGAUCGACCUACAAGGAUCAGUUUUAGUGAAAUUGUGUAAUUUCGUUAUGGCACAAAAUUCAAAAAAUCCCAUCAUCUCAAAAUCGCCAAGGCCGGAAUUUAAAUUUCCAGUGGAAAACUUUGAGGAACUUGCUGAAUUGGAGAAAAAAUUAAUGACGUCUAAAUUAUUUUAUAACCAAUUGGUUGGCUUUCUAGCCAUUAUUGGCGGAAAGGAUUACAAGGAGACGAUAGCUGGCAUUCUUCCGUACCUCUUCACGAACGAGUUGGCUGAAAAAAUUGCCUGGGACGGAAUUCGAAAAAAGAAUCCAAAGAAGGCGUUCAAAACGCUCCGGAUAAAACAGGUUUUGUUUGAUGCUGUCCGUCAGAAUCCGCUUGUCAAUCGUUCAGUGACCGACAAGGAAAUGAAGGCAAAAGGAGCUUCAUGGUUUCAGCACGCGACGGAUAGAAUUAAGGCAGCUGCUUUAAAGCGGAACAAAGGAUUGGAGGAAGAAGCUGAAGAGAUUUAGUUAGAAUUCAUUUAAUAUUUUAUGUUAUUGUUAUGCAAUUUCUUAUACAAUCUUAAUUUUGAGAAUGAAUUAAAAUGACUUAAAAUUUAAA